AUGUCUGCGGAGCUCACGCGACGAGCACGAAAGUGUUGUUGGAGUCUGGAGGAGCAGCAUCACAGAAUACAUGCUACCUACAGCAUUCUUAGUACCAUGUGGCCGUACACCUCGGCCAAUAUAUAUCCCCGGCAGUAUGCAAAUUGGCCCUCGCAAGAAAAGCAGGAGCGACCCGCCUGCCGCGCCACAGCUGGCGACUCUAAACUCCAUGAACACGAGCCACCGUCCCCGCCAGUGAUCACAGGAGCGAGGGACAUGUACGAGUCCCACGACGACAUUCAGCUACGGUGUCUGGCGGAGAACUUCCCGGUGUCGGGGCCCACGCCGGGCCUCACCUGGCUCCUGCAGGGCCGCCCGGCGCGGAGAGAGUACGUCUCGCCGUACAGAGACGACCCGUACGCCGAGCCUAUUGGCGUCACCCUACGCAUGCCCGCCAGCCAGGUAUCUCGAGGAGGAGGCAGCGUGGAGGCCGAGUGCCUCUUGAAGCUUGGGACCCACGAGCUGCGGUCGAGCACGACGCUUCGAGUGCGACAUCGACCCUCGUCCUAUCUCUCCAAUUACUUCUCCGCCGCAGGUUAA